ACUGAGCAAUGCAAUCGAGCAUCUUCUAAAUACGGCCCUGUGUCCUCAGUAGCCAUCUGUUUAUACAAUUAUCGGUUAAGCACCCGCCUCAGAGCGCUCUGUUCUUCCUAAAUGACUCCUUCAUGACCGACACCCAUCCCGAUACUUAUUAGGGGCCCGCCGAGCCCCCGGAUUAGUCCGCAUCCCGCAUUCGACCAGCCAACAUUAACUAGCAUCAAUUAAUACGAAUUACCCAAGCGUACACACACCACACACAGUGACAAUAAAUCCGAGCAUACGAUAUGGAGAAUUUCCUGAGCUACCAGUGCUUGAGUGAGGACUGGGAGAAGCAUGUGUACUCUGUGAGUUCUUAUCAGAAAGAAGUGCCGGUGGUCAAGCAGAGGUGUCAAGCUAACGCGCGGGAGAGAGACAGGACACAGAACAGCGUGAACAUGGCGUUCAACACGCUGCGUCUUCUGAUCCCAACGGAACCGCCGGACAGAAAACUCAGCAAGAUCGAGAUACUGCGGCUGGCCGGCAGCUACAUAACGCACCUCGACAACCAGCUGUAUACAGGUAUCAUAGAUCAACCAUGUUUGCAGAAAACAGAUGAAGAUGAUAAGAAUGGGUCUCUAUGCACUUUUUGUUGGUCGGCCGUUAAGCAAGAUAAGCAUUCUACGGCAAUGGGAAACUUCUACAAAACGCCUUUUUGAAGUGUAUGACUAAAGAUAACAAUUCGUAUGUCUUAGCCGG